UCUCAACUUUAUGAGAUGCUGCGUCUGUGUGAGUUACAACAACCUCCUGUUACCCCGACUUACCAAUCUCUCUUCCUUCUCCUCUUCCUCCUGGUCCCAGACCCUGAGGUGUGGACCCAGGACCAUGUGCGCCAGUGGCUGGACUGGGCCAUCAAGGAGUACAGCCUGGAGGAGGUGGACAUCAUGCACUUCCACACACUGGAGGGCAAGGCCCUCUGCAAGAUGACCAAGGAGGAUAUGAUGCYCCUCACGUCCGCCUACAACACYGACAUCCUGCUCGGCCACCUCAAUUACCUCCGYCAGAGCAGCCCUACUUUCUCCUACCCCACAACUCCAACCAACAACACACAGCAACAACCCAGACUACAGGUUAAAUCAGAGAACAGUUAUGAGGAGAUAGGCAGAAGGAACAGCUGGCCAUCGAACCCAAUGCCACCUCCAGUACCCAAAGGUUCUCCCAUGGAGCACCAACACAGCACCAGAGUCACAGAGCCUCCACCGAGAAGUGUGCAAGACCCAUACCAAGCAUUAGGUCCCAUCAGCAGUCGUCUAGCCAACCCAGGCUCUGGACAGAUCCAGCUGUGGCAGUUCCUGCUGGAGCUGCUGUCGGACAGCAACAACUCCAGCAUCAUCACCUGGGAGGGCACCAACGGCGAGUUCAAGAUGACCGACCCGGACGAGGUGGCCAAGCGUUGGGGCGAGCGCAAGAGCAAGCCCAACAUGAACUACGACAAGCUGAGCCGCGCCCUUCGCUACUAUUACGACAAGAACAUCAUGACCAAGGUGCACGGCAAGCGCUACGCCUACAAGUUUGACUUCCAGGGCAUCUCACAGGCCCACCAGAGCCACGGCGGAGAAGGGGGCAUUGUUAAGUAUCAGACUGAGGUAUCUUAUGCCCAGCCCUACCACAGCCACCAGCCAAAAAUGAACUUCAUGAACACACAUGCCGCCCCUAUGCCCGUGUCCCCUGGGAACUUUUUCGGGCCGUCUACAACUUACUGGAACUCAACAACCAGCCCAAUGUAUCCGGGGUCUCCCAUGCCAAGGCACCCGGGGACUCACUCCCACCUGAGCUCAUACUAUUGAGGUAUGGGUGUCUUGCACUAGACUGGAUGGCAGAGCUUUCUGAAACAGACUGAUAUCCAAGAUACCAUCCACAAUGUAUCUGGUCUUUACAUCUAAAUUAGGUUGAAACGCUAUGCGAGUUUUGUUAGUACAGAAUGUAAAAUGGACAAUAAUGCUCACGUCACAUCUUCAAGCAGAGGCACCAUAAGAUAGGCAAAAGGGAGAGGGUAAACAAUGUGAAGAAGCAAUGGUGACUAGUAGAGACCAAGGGAUAGCCAUGAAGGUUCUGCCUUCUUGAAUUUCUCAACUAUGGAGGUUGAGAAUUUGUUCAUAUUAUAGCCUGUGAUUCAGUUGUUUGAAAACCACAUUUUUCAAGUAGGUAAGUAUUUUGUUUAAUAUGUCAUUGAGGUCAUUGAAGGACUUAAAGGGGAAAGUCACUGACUGUGGGAAGUGCUAAAACUGUUAUGAGGUCUUGAUCGCAAUUACUAUAUUCAUUGAUCUAACAUUUGUAAACGUAUCAUUGUACAGAAUGUGUCAUACAAUUGUAGCAAUAAAACAUUUACCCCUGUAGUAAUGCUAAUAAAAGGAACUUGUAUAUUUGA